UGCCGGUGCCGCGCCGCGGACUUGGAGCGCGGCGCCCCUCGCCUCCAGGCGGGCUUUUCCUCGGCCCCGAGGAGAACCCAACGCUCCUGGAAGGAUGGUGGCCCUUCAUUGGUGUCUGCUAUGGCUACUCUUACCAAUUAGCUCAAGGACCCAGAAGUUACCCACGAGAGAUGAAGAACUUUUUCAGAUGCAAAUCCGGGACAAAACAUUUUUUCAUGAUUCAUCAGUAAUUCCAGAUGGAGCUGAAAUUAGUAGCUACCUUUUUAGAGAUACUCCAAAAAGGUACUUCUUUGUGGUUGAAGAAGACAAUACUCCACUCUCAGUCACUGUGACCCCCUGUGAUGCACCUUUGGAGUGGAAGCUGACUCUGCAGGAGCUUCCAGAGGAGGGGAGUGGGGAAGGCUCAGGAGAUCCAGAACCUCUGGAGCAGCAGAAGCAGCAGAUCCUUAAUGAGGAAGGCACAGAGCUGUUCUCCUACAAAGGCAACGAUGUGGAAUAUUUUUUAUCUUCCAGUUCUCCAUCUGGUUUAUACCAGUUAGAGCUUCUUUCAACAGAGAAAGACACACAUUUUAAAGUCUAUGCCACCACAACUCCGGAGUCUGAUCAGCCCUACCCUGAAUUACCUUAUGACCCAAGAGUAGACGUGACCUCCCUGGGACGCACUACUGUCACGUUGGCCUGGAAACCAAGCCCCACGGCCUCUUUGCUAAAACAACCCAUUCAGUAUUGUGUGGUCAUAAACAAGGAACAUAAUUUUAAAAGUCUUUGUGCAGUGGAAGCAAAACUGAGUGCCGAUGAUGCAUUUAUGCUGGCACCCAAACCUGGUCUAGAUUUUAGCCCUUUUGACUUCACCCACUUUGGAUUUCCUUCCGAUAAUCUGGGGAAAGAUCGUAGCUUCCUCGCAAAGCCUCCUCCCAAAUUGGGACGGCACAUCUACUCCAGACCCAAGAUGGACAUUCAGAAAAUCUGUAUAGGAAACAAGAACCUCUUCACAGUCUCGGAUCUGAAACCCGACACACAAUAUUACUUUGAUGUCUUUGUGGCCAACACCAACACCAACAUGAGUACUGCUUACGUGGGCACCUUUGCCAGGACCAAGGAAGAAGCGAAACAGAAGACUGUUGAGCUCAAAGAUGGGAAGGUUACAGAUGUCUUUAUUAAAAGAAAAGGAGCAAAGUUUCUUCGGUUUGCACCAGUGUCCUCACAUCAAAAGGCCACCUUCUUUAUUCACUCUUGUCUGGACGCUAUCCAGGUCCAGGUGAGAAGAGAUGGGAAACUUCUUCUGUCUCAGAAUGUAGAAGGCAUUCGGCAGUUUCAGCUCAGAGGAAAACCAAAAGCUAAAUAUCUCAUUCGACUGAAAGGAAACAAGAAAGGUGCCUCCAUGUCGAAAAUUCUGGCGACCACAAGGCCUAGUAAACAGUCCUUUCCUGCACUGCCCGAAGACACAAGAAUCAAGGCCUUUGACAAGCUCCGUACCUGUUCCUCAGCCACUAUAGCUUGGCUGGGCACUCGGGAAAGGAACAAGUUUUGCAUCUACAAAAAGGAAGUGGAUGAUAAAUACAAUGAAGAUCAAAAGAAAAGAGAACAAAACCAAUGCCUGGGACCAGACACAAGAAAGAAAUCAGAAAAGGUUCUCUGUAAAUAUUUCCACAGUCAAAACCUGCAAAAAGCAGUGACCACAGAAACAAUAAAAGGUCUUCAGCCUGGAAAAUCUUACCUGCUGGAUGUUUAUGUCAUAGGACAUGGGGGCCACUCUGUGAAGUAUCAGAGUAAGGUUGUGAAAACCCGAAAGUUCUGCUAAUCGGCUUGCGUCCAGAGGUAUGACAGGACUCUACAAUAGACAUGAAAUCACUCUAAGGACAAGCUAACUACUCCCACAGCUGAAAGAAGUUGUGACUUGUAAUUGUGCCAUGGAAAGAAGGAUAUCAACUUGUGAAUAUCAAUGUUUAUAUAAGUCAUUGUCGGAGGAGACCUGUUCUCAUGUGCCCCAGUGGUACCUAGUGUAUGUCGGAUGCCCCUCAAUGUUAAAGAUAGACACAUCUUGAAGGAACUCCCAUUCCUUGCUUUGACCACUGCAUGUACUGCUUCUAAAUUAUUUUAUUUACUUAAACAUUAAAAAUAUGCCAUUCAUUGCACACACCCUCAAAUGCAAAUCAUUCUUCUCUAGAGAUGCUAGAAUAUAUAUAAAUUAUUUUAUAAAGUCUUGUUUUGUCAGUGUUUCUAUGAUUGUAAACUAUUAAAUUCUGUUCCUGUUAAAGCAAAGGUCUAAUCCUAAGUAUAUUAAGUGGACUGUCUUCUAGUCAGUUAUAUUGCUAUUGUAAAUUCUUACCUGUUGAGUAAAAUGUUUAAAUACUGUAUGUAUCUCAUGUACAAAAUUGGCAUACAUUAUACUCAUGUACAUAAAAUUAAAGAUAUUAGAUUAUAUACUGUU